CAGUUGCGUAAUUUGUCUUGUCAAACGCGUAAAAGCGCUUGACAUCUCUGGCUGUCUGUCGUGUCUUUUUCAUUUGUGGCAUAUUGAAUGACGUGAUCUCCAGUUUAUUUCAGCGGAGGACAUGCGUUAUGGGAAACGCUUUGUUGAUCAGGAUCCACGGCUAGAAUAAAACACCUCUAAGAACUGAGCGCGGAAUUGAGAAAGGACGAUUACAGUGGAUUUAAUGACAGUCCAUCAAAGCAUCACAUUCUGAUCAGACAUGGAUGGAUACCUGCCGCCUCAGUUUCAUGUUUUGUCAGAGCAUAAGAAGUUUUGUCAAGACAAUUCCCUGACGAUGGACCAAGGCGCGCCAUACAGCAUAAACAUGAAUGUUUUUUUACCUGACGUCACCUACCUACGGACAGGCAUGUGUAGACCCGUUCGGUCCGCAGCGACACAGAUAAAGACGGAACCGCUGCAUACGUCUUUCAACUACUCCAGUUGCCACGGAUCCGUUGCGCCUGCCAUGACGCACACAGAGUACAUGAACCUCUACAGCCCAGCUGCGGAAACGGGUAACAAUGUUUACGUCAAGAACGAGACCCCAUCCCUCGAAUUCCCAGAAGUCCCUCUGUUUCAGCUGUUGAAUUCGGAGCUUGAGCCCAACGUGCCUGGAGGCCACUCUUGCACAGAUUCCCACAAUGCCGCAUGCUCUCCGAUGUCAACGUACAAUGGCGUUAACCCACCGGCCAGUCAUGUUGCAGACAGAUCUCUUUGUAAUAUGGGCAGCAGUGGAUAUUCUCUACCUGCCCAGUUUGGUCAGCAUCCUCAGAAGAGGGCGGCCUAUCUACCACCAUCUCCUCCCAACUCAGAACCGGGCAGUCCGGACAGGAGGAAAGAACUGGUACAGAACUUAUCGCCACCUCCGUCAUAUGCUGCCAGCAUGGCAUCUAAAAUGGCGUGUCUUACUCCCGGACCAGCACUUUCUGUCCAAACACAAGCAGUACCUGCCCAAUACAACCGCAGGAAUAAUCCCGAUCUAGACAAAAGGAGGAUACAUCACUGCGAUGUACCAGGAUGUAAGAAGGUAUACACCAAGUCAUCACAUUUGAAGGCCCAUUUACGUACUCAUACAGGCGAAAAGCCAUACAAGUGCUCAUGGGAGGGUUGCGACUGGCGCUUCGCCCGCUCUGACGAGCUAACGCGCCACUUCAGGAAGCACACGGGGGCCAAACCUUUCCAGUGCGCCGUAUGUAGCCGUUGCUUCUCCCGAUCGGACCACCUGGCCCUCCACAUGAAAAGGCACCAGAACUAGAGCUGCCCGCUCUCGUUGUUCUGACGGUGCCGCGGGAGGGCUAUCAGGACCUCUGCUGAUGAUACUAAUUAGGAUUUGGGUGUGUUGGUUAAUCUUGGGUUUUGGCAGUUCAUCAGGUACAACAGGACCAAACCCUGCCGUCGGUACGGCUCCUGUGGUCACAAAACCAGCUAAUUGGUGAGAACUUGGCUUAUUUGCCAGUUGGGACAUUCUUUUGACAUGUUUCUUUUUUCAUCUCCAUACUUUGAUGUCAUUAUUUAUGACAUAACUACUUUUAAUGUGCCUUUUUUACCUUAUAGAAUCGAAGUGCCACAAGAAAAUAUAAAAUGUGCAAGAUCUUGUGGGGGGUUACAGUUUUACUCCACUAUAGAAGAAUAUUCUGGAUUUAGUAAGAAGUUAAGCUUAAUUUACAUAAUUUGUGGUGUAAUGUUAAUUAACACAAAAACUUCUUUAAAAAUAAAUAAAUAAAUAGUUUACCGUGGAAGUGGGGCCAAUUUGAAAUGUUAAGCUUAUCAUUUUAUGUAAGCACUUGCAUUAUUGCUUCUGUUAAAACUUGUUCUUUUAUGGUCAUUUUAGAGUUUGCUUUGACAUUGUAUCAAAGUUGUUAAAGUAUGUUAAAACAUACUUUACGUCUCGUGGCUAUACAAUUGAAGCGUCAAGAACUGAAACGUUUACAAAUUGGCCCCAUUGAAAUUGAGUCAUGUGGUACCACAGGUUCUUUUAGCUGAGCUUAACUUGUAUCGAAACCAUAGUAUUCCUGUAAGCGACUACUCGUACUUUUAUCACAAGGUAAAUAAUAUCAAGACAGAGCUGUAGUCUUGGUUGUUGAACCAAACCCGCAGAACAGUCAUGAGUAUGUUAGCCACGAACGCUGAGUCACAAUGUAUUAAGGUUUCUUAAAAGCAGCACUUGAUAAGAAACCGUGCUUCAGAAAUGUGUGUGGGAGACGUCGGGUAAUUAUAAAAUGAAAUGAAGCUCCAGAACACCAAAGAGUUGGAUUUAGUCCAAACUAUGAUAUGUGUCGAAGAGGAUUCACUUUACGUCGGCGAAAUGUUUGAAAGAGCACAAUCUGAAGCUUGAUUGAACUCCUUUAUGUGUUUUAUUGAAAUGCAAUAAGUGGUACAAAUACUGUAUUUUUCCUGGCAAGAGGACAGGUUGGAUAUCGAUUACUUCCAUAGUUGUUUGUUUUUCCUUACUAUGCAUUUGUUUGGGAUAAAUGAUAGCUUUAAAUGUACAUAAGAUGUGUAUUUAUUUUGCACAGAUUGUUUUUUUGUUUAGUUUUUCAUUUGUAUUUUAUAAAACGUAACUCAACGAUCACAUGAAAUGUGUACUGGGUUACUGGGAAGUGGUUUUAAAAAUCUUUGUUCAAACUAAUAGUGCUCUAAAUGGCUGCAUUAUGCAGAACAAUAUGGCAGAUGAUUGUUUACAUUUGUUAGUUUGGCUUUUGGUGUGUUACAUUUGUAUGUGUGGCCUCAUAAAACCUCUUUAUUUUCCAUUACAGUGAUAAAAAUGUUUUCCACCUUA